AUGGAUGAAAUUGAAUAUAAACUAAAAACGAAUACUAGUGUUCUCAUAGUAAAUGCUGUAGAUAAGUUGAUAUCUACGAUAAAAUCCAAGUAUAAGCCGGCUGAGAGACCGAAAUUUGUUUUAGAGAAUGAAGAAUUAAAGUUUUUGAGAGAGAAAUGUUCUUCUCCGGAUCCUGUAGUGAGCCUUACUGCAUGUCAAGGCUUACUCGCCUUGGUGGAAUUGAAUGUGCUGGAAAUAGGGCAUACAAUGUCAACUGUGGUAUCACUUUUGCCAACAGCACAUAACUUCUCUGCAAUAAUCUCAACAAUGGCUGGUCUUUUAGUAUUAGAUCUGAAGUCACGUCUCAUUCCUGGGCAACCAUAUAAGUGCCAGUUCUCUUUACGCUCACCGCAGCAUCCAUUUAUUACUAUACUAGAGAAGAAUAAGGAUAUAGAGGACAAUGUUCUGGCUCAAAUGCAUGCAUUAUGCACAAGUCAUGAAUAUUUGGUAUCAUCAAACAGCCUUGAGCUGCUAAGACCAGUAUUUCUCUGGUUGACUAGCAAUCCACAAAGAUCUAGAGGCAGCUCUAGAGUUUGGCAAUUAUUGCUAAGUCUCCCACAGUCUGAUGCCCAGUCAUCCUUGCUUCUUGCAUGUCUCAGUAGCCAACAGAUAUGUAAUCCAAAGUUACUAGAAAGUUCCGUAUCGGCUUACUCUGCAGUGACUGAAGCGGCUAUUUAUCAACAAAGAAGGGAGUAUAUUGUGGCAUUUGUGCCUAUGCUGGCAACAAUAUGCAGUCAACUACUUAAACAUGGUCGCGAUCCUCGGCCGUGCUACAGUUUAAUAGAUCGCUGUUUUUCCAUGGACGUGCCGGAGCUCAAAUGUGUGUCUGGACUUACAUUGAUAAUACUCGCAGACAAUUUGACAGAAACCGCUGCCCUGUAUCUACACGAACUUUUCAACUUGUGUCUGAACAUAAUAAGCAAAUACGAAUACUCAACAGUAUGCCUUAACUCUUUCGUUGGCCUUUCCCUACAGUGGCUCCAUCUACCUUCGUAUCUGACAACUAACGCGCUCAACACGGCCUCAAAAAUCAUUGACAUACAACAACAGGAGAAAACAGACAAUUUCCUUUAUAUGGCGAAUUUAAAGUCCAACAAAACAUUCCAAAAUUUAGUCCAAACAGAACGGCAUUUACAAAUAUAUUUCAAGUUAUUGGAAACAUGGGAACGUCUGGAUAAUCCGGACAAAUUAAAAUCGUGGUUUGAUGUGUUGUGUAGUACUAAUGAUGAGUUAAAAGUGGAGCUACUUCCGUUUUUGGUUGGAUUGUGUUUAAAUAAAACUCUGGAUGAGGCUGUAGUGGUUAAAGUGAUACAGUGUAUAGUGCAAGUAGUGGGGAUUAAGAAGGAGGUAUCGGUGACAAUUUUGCCGGUUUUGGUGCAUAAAUUGGCUGAUAACCGGCCUAAUGUCAAAUUGGCCUGUUUGAAGGGAUUGCCAAUCAUGGCUUCAACGAAGGAAAAUGUUCCAACAUUAGUUGCGGUAUUAAAUAAGUUAAAGGCCAAUAAAGGCGUCCCUACAUCGCUGCUUAUUGCGCUGUAUACGAGUUUAGCUGAAACGCAGGUUAGAUGUUUUCCAUAUCUUCAAGAGUUAUUAGUUGAUACCGCAAUGAAACCAGACGACCUCAAAUGGGAAAUUGACCUCGCCAAAGCACUUGCUGUUAAACGGACUUGUGAGGCGCGCGCCUCAUCACACGGGCUUGAGCUGGUCUCAGUGAUAUCAUCCCUUCUCAACCGCUGUACGGAUAAGUCGGGCGGUGUGGCAACGUCGCUCGCGUUAGCAGCACUUGCGGCGCUAUGGCGAGGUGCGGCCGUGGCACCACCUGGAACUUGGCGUGCUCUGGAACCCAGACUUGGGAGGGACACGAGACCUGCUGUGCAAGUUAGCCUGUGCAAGCUUCUAGCCGAAAUUCCCGCUUUACGUGUUUCUACGCCAGAAUACGAUAAGUUAGUUAGUGAUGCUGCUAAGCGAUUAUGGGUGUAUCUUGCUGAAGGCAUUUCGCCCGUAUGUGAAGCUGCUUGUCAUGCCCUUGCUAACUACAAAAUUGAAGAUUUCAAAUUAAAGGAUAUUCCUGAGAUUUACAUACGAACAGUCAAACUGCCACCGUCGUAUUGCAAGACCCCUGCUGAUGCAAUGCGCAGGCCCGAGGAUGUUCUUGACUAUAUACCUUGUGAAGUGUGGCCGGAGUUAUUUAAAUCAAACUCCUCUCUAACUGGAGUGGAAUAUUUCGUGGGAAAAUUAAUAGAAAGAGAAGUCAGGGGAUUCAGAAGUGGAGUCUACAUGAUUGAAGGACGGGAACCCCUAGGUUUAAGUAACCUGCCACCGCAUAGCGUGUUAAGGGGAAUGUCCGAUUGUGUCAGGAAGCAGGUAAAUGUCUAA